UAUUCCAUAACUUGGUUUCCGGUGCUGAAGCGAGGUUAAAAUCGUUUUAUACUCCUUGUGUUUUACUCGAAAUAAGAACAAUGAACCGAAAAGAUGAUUAUGAUUCAUAUGAAAUUGAAGAGCCAAGUGAUGAAGAAAGAGCCGAAAGCAGUUCAGAGGAUGAGCUGGAUAUUCUUCUCAACGGGACCCCAGAACAGAAGAAGAAGCUGAUCAGAGAGUAUCUGACGGGAGAGAGCGAGUCCUCCAGCGGAGAUGAGUUUGAGAAGGAGAUGGAGGCAGAGCUCAGCAGCACCAUGAAGAGCCUGGAGGGCAGCUGGACAGCUUCCUCAGCCCAAGGGCAAACAUCUGGGACCGGUGACGGCACUUCCACGGCAAACAAGCCUCAGGAGUAUGACAGCAUUUACUUUGACUCAGACUCGGAUGAAGAUGGCGCAGCUGGCAGCUCUCAGGGCCUGAGGAGGAAGCAGCGCUCCGUUCUCACAAAUGAUGAGCUGUUAUACGACCCAGACGAGGAUGAUCGCGACCAGGCUUGGGUGGAUGCCAAAAGAAAACAAUACAGAAAUCAGAGGCGGCUGCCAGCGUCAGCGAACCGAAGAAACAAACCACAUGCGGUUCCAAGCAGUGACGCUGUCCUCAACUGUCCAGCCUGUAUGACCACCCUGUGCCUGGACUGUCAGAGGCAUGAGAAAUAUCGCACGCAGUACAGAGCCAUGUUCGUGAUGAACUGCGCAGUCGACAAAGAGGAAGUUCUGCGCUACAAAACCGCCAGUAAGAGAAAGCAGAACCGGCACAGGAAGAAAGUCCGCCGGGAGACCACGUCCGCGUCUGCGGAGGCCGAAAUGGAGUCGAGCGCAGGUCUGAUUGAUGCACGCUUGGCAGGAAUGGACGAAGAAGAGAUCUAUCACCCGGUCAAGUGCACAGAAUGCUCCACUGAAGUGGCAGUGUACGAUAAAGAUGAAGUGUAUCAUUUCUUCAACAUCCUAGCAAGCCACUGCUGAAGACAUUUACUGGACUUUUAAAUACAAACCACAUGUUUUGGUGGGUUUGAUGCGCAACACCAGGCAACUUUACUGUACAGUGCAUAUAUAUAGAGAGAGAGACGUUUUUUGGGAGUAAAGAUUAUGGCUAGACGUGUAAUUAAUUUUUUUUUUUUCCAAGGUUUUUAUAUUUGAUUUAUAUGCUGUUGUACAAUGUAAAGGCUUUCAUGUGAUCCGCUUAAUGUAAAUUACCAUUCAUAUUUGCAUAAAAGUUGCUCCUUUGCUUCUCAUGUUGUUCCCUAUUAUUAAAUUGUAUUUUUACACAAA